UCGCUGCCGAGCAGCCUCCCUUUGUGGUCCUCCUGCUGCUGCUGCUGCCGCCGCCGCCGUUGCUGCUCCGCCUGCCAAUCACGGGCUGCUCGCCUGCAUCCUCAGCAUCCUCAGCAUCCCUCCUCGGCCUGAGCCUCCUCCUCUGGCUGGCUCCUUCCUGCGCGGGGGCCCCGGGGCAUGGCCAAACUGCCGGCCAGCGCGCCCAGGCGCCCAGCCCAGCCCCAGCCGCCCCCCCAGCAGCCCCCCCGCGCCUCCCCUAUGAGCAACGGAGGAGGAGGAGGCGGAGGAGGAGGCGGAGGAGGGGAGCAGCCCGAGGGGGGCAUGAAGGAUCUCGACGCCAUCAAGCUCUUCGUGGGCCAGAUCCCCCGCAACCUCGAGGAGAAGGACCUCAAGCCCCUCUUCGAACAGUUCGGGCAGAUCUACGAGCUCACCGUCCUCAAGGACCGCUACACCGGCAUGCACAAAGGCUGUGCUUUCCUGACUUACUGUGCCCGCGAUUCCGCCAUCAAAGCCCAGACGGCGCUGCAUGAGCAGAAGACACUUCCAGGGAUGGCACGGCCGAUCCAGGUGAAGCCAGCGGACAGCGAAAGCCGUGGAGGUAGAGACAGGAAACUUUUUGUGGGCAUGUUGAACAAGCAGCAGUCUGAAGAAGACAUCCUCCGUCUCUUCGAACCCUUUGGGGUCAUCGACGAAUGCACAGUGUUGAGAGGGCCGGACGGCAACAGCAAAGGGUGUGCUUUUGUCAAAUUCUCCUCUCAUACGGAGGCCCAGGCAGCGAUCCACGCCCUCCACGGCAGCCAAACUAUGCCUGGUGCUUCCUCCAGCCUUGUGGUGAAAUUUGCCGACACCGACAAAGAGCGGACGCUGCGCCGGAUGCAACAGAUGGUGGGGCAGCUGGGAAUCCUCACGCCGUCCUUUGCCUUGCCGUUCAGCCCGUACAGCGCCUACGCUCAAGCGGUGACUGAUGCAGCGCAAACGGUCCUGUCGGCGUCGCAUGGCAACUUUGUCAGCCCGACGCUCACCUUCUCGCCGUGCCACAUCCAGCAGAUCGGCACCGUCAGCUUAAACAGCCUGCCCACCACUCCGAUCACACAAACAUCAGGUUUACAUUCGCCCUCCCUGUUGGGCACCACUGCCGUUCCGGGGCUGGUGACGCCCAUCGCCAACAGCUUUGCCGGAGUGGUCCCCAUCCCCACCAACCAUCAUCCCACCUUGGAGGCGGUUUAUGCAAACGGGCUUGUGCCCUGCACAGCCCAGAACCCGUCCGUCGGAGAGACGCUCCAUCCUGCCUUCACCGGAGUCCAGCAAUAUGCAGCUGUCUACCCGGCCACGACCAUCACCCCAGUAGCUCAGGCCAUUCCUCAGCCGCUUCCGAUUAUUCAGCAGCAGCAGCAGCAGCAGCGAGAGGGUCCGGAAGGAUGCAAUCUCUUUAUCUACCACCUCCCACAAGAAUUCGGGGACAACGAGCUGAUGCAAAUGUUCCUCCCCUUUGGGAACAUCAUUUCCUCCAAAGUAUUCAUGGACCGAGCUACGAACCAGAGCAAAUGUUUCGGUUUUGUCAGUUUUGACAACCCCUCCAGUGCCCAGACGGCCAUCCAGGCAAUGAACGGGUUCCAGAUUGGCAUGAAACGGUUGAAAGUCCAACUGAAGCGGCCCAAGGACACCGGUCACCCUUACUGACCAGGUGUGCAGGUUGCAUUGGCCAAGGGACCCAGGGUGAAGACGAACGACCCGCUAUCCGUUGUUUCCUUCUUCGUCUUCUUUUCCGUUUAAAGAAGAGAUUUCCAAAAACGAUCUCUCGCUUUUCUCGGGCGGGCAAAAAUACCCGCCUCCCUUAGGCCAAAACAGAUCCCAACGACGCCUAUGCCACCUCCGACUCUCCAAAAAGAUUCUUGGGAGAUGCACAAACCGGAUUUUAAAAAGAGCCCUUGGGAUCCACUCGGUGCCAGGGGCAGCUGCGUCCAGUUUCCGACACCUCGGGUGGCUUUUUCCUCCCCGCGCGGCAGCCCUUUAAUUUAAAGCAUAUGUAUAUAAAUAGAGGAAAAAAGAGAGAGAGAAAGAGAGAGAUAUAGGAUAUAUAAAUAUAUAUUACAAUCACUCUAUUUUUUUUAAAACGAAAAAAGAAUACGCUGGACCAAACCUUUUCUUCCUUUUGUGGCAAGCCGCCGAGGGUAAGUCAAAGCGGGACAAUAGUGCCUGAUUCUCGGAUCGCAUCGAGCGGGAUCUUGGCUGGAAAAGAAGAGGAGAGGUGCGGGGCUUUGCCUAGGAACUGGGACUUUUUAAUUUCAUUCCCCCCCCUCCUUUUUCCUUCUUUCCUCAUGUCGGUUGCCAACGACACAAGAUGUGACUCGAAGAGAUAUCGCUUUCUGCGUGCUGAAAGUUUUAAAAAGAAACCCGUUUUGCUGCCAAGCUUGAGUUUGGAAAGAACCACAGACGGGGGAAACGAGGUACUGGAAGUGCCUUCCGGGCGGCACGACGGCAGCGUUGCCCAAUGGGCGGAGGAGAGAGGCGACUUCUCCUCUUUUUCUUUCCUGUGGCCAAACUGUUCCUGACCCGACGGAGGGCUAACUCGAACAAAAAACAAAAUAAAACUUUCGGCGUCAAAAGGGACAAAACCGAAACGACACGGCUGACAACACUGCCUCCGGCAACGGACUCGAAAUCUUUGGACUGUUCCGCAGCUAUCCAACGGUUCCGGUGUGCGAGUGAGUGUGGGUGCGUGGGUGGGUGGGUGCGUGGUUGUGCGUGAGAGGACUGGCUCCCUCCCCUCCGUAGAGAUCCGAGCGACGCAACGCCGCAGGGGAGGUCUCGCUCUUCGCUGGACGACUCAACCAGUAUGCAACGGAUAUAUGUGUAUGUAUAUAUAACUCUAUAUCUUAUCUAUACAACGCAGCACAAAAAAAACCAACCCGAAAAGACUUUGCACAGCCAAAGGUCCGGCUGGUUCUUUCGAAACGGAUAUCGCAAAUGCCAUCACGAUGGCCCCCCCCCCCCCGUUCCUAUUUCAUCCUUGUUCUAUCCCACCCCCCGCAACCCCACUUCUCUAAGCUCCCCAUCCCACCUCCUUUCUUUGCGACUAAUAGCAACUUUAUUUGCACCAGUAACACUUACCACAACUUUGUUUGCACCAAGCAGAACAGCACUGCCAAAUCAGGCCCAAAGUCCAACCUCUAGGGACCGAGUCUCUGUUGUUGGGCUACUCACUAGAUAGACUGCCACUCCAUUUAGCGGUGUCAGCCCAAUAGUUGCUUAUACACACAGUCUUGUUGUUACUCCUACUACAGUAGAUCCACUGAAUCAGUUGGACUCGCUCAUCUAUCUCCAAUUGAUUCAAUGGGUUGUCUUUUCCCAUAGAUUUUUCGAACGCUCAGGAACUGGGACUAACUCUGGCUUCCUGGUAUUCCAAUCUGACCCUUGGAUUCUCCCCAGAUAUCCACACGCCUUUUCUAUGGCAUCAUCCUUGGAUGGCAUCCCACGUUUUGUAGAGUUUUUCUUCCUUGUUCGGGUGGGAACAACUCUCCGAAGACCCCAUUCCGGGCUAUAAAAGCCUUCAACUAAAAUAUAUUGAUUUUAUUUUUUUAUUUUUAACUCCACUGAAAUGUGGUCCUCAAGCAUUUGCCUUUGGACCUUGGGCUGGAAGCUUUGGGGGAAUGUGAUUUGGGAGAUGUCCCCAAAGGUCUAGCAGGGCUCACAGCCUCAUGAAGUAGUGCGAGACCCACCACCCCAAACUCCUUUGCUGCUUCCAAAGGAAGGACCUGCCAAAAUCCCAUUUGGUUAUCAGCCGCUAGUAUCAAUCUUGGAUGGCUUUAAAUUUUUCUUCGUCCCUUGAUCUCUGCCUACAUCCUAUAGGAUGGAUCAGCCAGUUCUUUUUUUUUUCUUGAGCUUCUUCUCCUUUCCCUUUGUCCUGUAGCCCAAAACAGGGGGAUUCCAGUUCAGUCGGGCAGUGAAUCCGCUCCUGGUUUUGGCUAGCUUAAAUGGAAUUCUGAUCCCCUUUAAAGGCUGAACUAAAAGCAGGCAUGGAUUCAAUGCCCCACUGGCAUGGAACACCACUGGCCCAAGUCUACUUUUCUUGGCCAUUGCUCCAGAAAGCAUUGCUCCCCACCUUACCCGGCCCUCCUGUUUCCUCCAUCUUGCAUCUGUCACGUCCUUUUUGGAUUCUCACCUGAUCCCUUUCAUCCUUUGCUGGGCCUAUCUCAGAUAUAAAGCACAUUUCAAAAGCGGAGUUUAGCUUCUAAUCACAGGAGAGCCGACAUGCCAAGGUCUGACCAAAUAAUAAUAAUAAUAUAUGAAAUAUGUAUCUUUUAAAGAAAAUGCUACAUACCAUCUCCUGCGGAGCUAGUCUGAAAUAUGCCAGAUUUGGACUCUAUACUUAAAACAUUCCUGUUGUUGUGUGAGUGUGUGUUUGUGAGUCUGUGUUUGAGUGUGCAAGUGUGCGAGAGAGAGAAGAGGUAGGAAAAAGUGUCGAAAAGCCGUGUUCCAUAGUGGUGGGUUUAAGGGGUAACAUCCCACUAGAGCCAGAAGAGAUAAAGGAUGGACUGUCGGGUUGUUGGAUUGCAACUCCCAGUGUUCUGCAUCAUUGGCUAUGCUGGCUUAGGGCUGAUGGGAGUUGCAGUCCAUCAACCAUAGGGAAGGCCUCACUCAGGGCUUCUAAAAAACUGCAAAGGGCACUUGAAGACUAUCCAAACCCUCAUGCCAGAAUAAUCCCUAGGUCCAAUCCACCAUGGAAAUGGCCCUCUGAUUCACCAUGGCUUCCCAAGGGCCCAGUGGAAGGUGCAAAAACUUGAACCCGGGACCUUUGCAUCCCGAAAGGACCAAAUCUAUUUCGGCAUCCUCAUACUGUUAAAUAAGGGGAAUGAAUGAUUUUGGCUAAAUCCAUUUCCUAAACUCCUGUUUAAAUCAGCCCUUUCUGUGAAAACUAGAACCCUGAGGACUAGAAGCUUGAAUUUAAUGAGAGGAAGGAAAAAGUUUGGCAUAUAAGAACGCCUUGCAUGCAAGAAAGCCUAUAAAAUUUCUGGGAACUGUAGUUUCUUGCGGCCCCAAAGUUCUCAGACAGAGAAGGCGAAAUGUCUCACAACAGUACAAAUCCCACAAUUCCCUAGUGCUGAGCCAUGGCAGUUAAAGUGGUAUCAAACUGGAUUAUUCUGCAGUGCAGAAGCAGCCCAAGUCGCAUCUCCUGGCCUGAUUCAACCCCCAAAAAUCUUGAUUUACUAGGCAGCAGCUGCUGCGAGCAACAAAGAUCUGUUCCUUGUCGAUCACAUUGAUUUUUUUACUUCCCUCCAACAAUCUCUGACAUGACAAUCAGAAAUUGUGAGUGUCAUUGUUUAAAAGUGUGUCGUUCUUAAUUUAAACCAGGCUCAAUUGAUCCAAGUUUAGUCAGUCCAGGAUUCCACGCUUCAGUGUUUCCCAAAAUAUCAGACGCACAUUUUUUAAUCCGUUUUUAGAUUAUUUUCAAAUGCCUUUCCAUUCCCACACUGUGGACCCAAACUCUAGAACAGUGAUUCCCAAAGUGGGUGGUAUGCCUUCGGACUUGGCAGCAAUGUCCGGAGGGCUGUGCCCAUUCUUGUCCUUCGCUGCUGCAACACCACAACAGCAAAGUCCAGAGAGCCAUGCUGCCACAGUGCCAUGACAGCGAGGUCUGGAGGGACUGACAAACAGUAAGGUCUGGAGGUCGCGGUGCUGCUUUCCUCCCAAGGAGAACGGCGCACACACCAGUGAAGUAGAGAGCAGCCAUCUAGACCUAGUUGUUGUGGUGCCAUGGCAGCGUAGCCCUCCGAACCUCGCUAUCAGUCAAUCCAUCUGUCCCUCCAGCCCUCUUCUUCUUCACUGCUGCGGCACCGUUGCCCUCAGUUGGAAAGCAACAUUGCGGUAGCGAGGUCCACAAGGCUGCACCAGUCCCACUCCUUAGCUGCCGCAUCACUGUUCCCCUCAAGAGGAAAGGGGCAUUGCGACAGCAAGACCCAGAGGGGUACAGUGGAAGCAUCCUCUGUAGCAGUCCUCGCCCAGAAACUUGGGGUGGGCCAAACUGGGCGUCACCCCUCUUCUGAGGUGUCAGCCGCUGCUUUC